UAUAUGUAUAUAGUUAGAUAUUUGUUGUUUUCCCCUGCUUUCCACGUCGGACGUUACUUAGCGGACGGUUCGAAUAUUCCGCUUUCUUCGUAGCUCCGCAUUACCAUAAAUUGAACAUCAGAACUAGUGCCUGUCCACCGGUAGUGGCUUACAUAACUGAAACUAACUUUGAAUCGAUUAGAAACUGGUCCCAGGAGUGGUUUUUUAAGAAACCCCUUGACAAAGAACUACUGCGCUAUUAUGCAAAGUGCAAGCAAAACAAACACAACAGCUCUGCAACUACCCUGAACUACCACAACAAAGCAAACUAACAAACAAACAAAAAGUGUUUAAAUCCAUUUGCUUAAAAAAAAUAAUAAUAAAAUUAAAGAAAAAAAUCCAAAAUCAAAAAUUCGAAGCGCGCCAAGUGCCAAGUGGGGAGCUCUUUGUUUGGUUUUUGUCCACAUUGUGAGGGGCAAUGGGCGGGGUGGGAAUGGGUGGGGGACUGCUGGACAUCUACGCCAUGGCCUGGGAGCAUCUGAGACCCGGAAGCUCGCCCGUCGAUUGGUGCGAGGGCAAUUACUUAAUUUCAUCAAAUAUAGCAGAGUUCGUGAACACGUUCAGCAACUUCCUGUUCAUACUACUGCCCCCCGUACUGAUCAUGCUCUUCAAGGAGUACGGACGCUUCGUGACCCCCGGCAUCCAUGUGAUCUGGGUUCUGCUGAUCGUGGUGGGCCUCAGCUCGAUGUACUUCCAUGCCACGCUGAGCCUAAUUGGCCAGCUGCUGGACGAACUGGCCAUUCUCUGGGUCUUCAUGGCGGCCUUUUCGCUCUUCUAUCCCAAGCGUUAUUAUCCCAAGUUUGUGAAAAACGAUCGCAAAACCUUCAGUUGGCUCAUGCUGCUAUCGGCGAUUGCCGCCACAUUUCUGUCUUGGUGGAAGCCGAUCGUUAAUGCCUUUGUUCUCAUGUUCAUGAGUGUCCCGACAAUGGUAAUGCUCUACCGUGAGCUCCAGAGAGUCAGUGACCAGAGGGUCUAUCGCCUGGGCAUCCGUUCCACAACCGUCUGGGCCGUGGCGGUCUUCUGCUGGAUCAACGACAGGGUCUUCUGCGAGGCCUGGUCUUCGAUCAACUUCCCCUACCUGCACGGCUUCUGGCACAUUUUCAUCUUCAUCGCCGCCUACACGGUGCUGGUGCUGUUCGCCUACUUCUAUGUGGAGUCGGAGCUGCCCCAGCGCCAGCCCCUGCUCAAGUACUGGCCGAAAAACGAGUUUGAGUUCGGGAUACCCUUCAUAUCGAUCCGGAAUCCAGAUUCGAAAGAUUGGCUCGUCUACUGCAGCCUGUACAUGCAGGAUUACGACCCCAAGCACCGGAAGAACUAAUGCCAGUUCUUUCUGUGGAGCAUUUUCCAAACAUAGACAUACACAGCGUGAUAUAAAUUAGUAUUGGAGGAGGAGUGCCGAAAUUAAAUAUACAAUCCUUAGCGAUUAAUUAGCUUGCUGCUCAGUAUAGCUGCCAUAUAGAGCGUUACUUUAAGCGAAAUGCAAUAAUAUUAAUUGAAACAAAUGUCAAAAUAUGUACUGAGUUAUCACUCGAUUUAGUUAUGCCUCAAAUAAAUAAUGUUUUUAAAUAAAAUGCUUCA